AUGUCUGGCUCCGAGUCCACGAUGAUUGGAAACCAGACCCUCUGUACCCAUUUCACGUUUGUGGCUUUUUCCUCUCUAGCAGAGUUACAGCUGGUCCUCUUUGGUGUGUUCUUAGUCAUCUACUUAUUUACGCUGGGAGGCAACUCCAUCAUUAUCUACCUGAUCAGCGUCACCCCCUCCCUGCACACCCCCAUGUAUUUCUUCCUGGUGAACCUCUCUUUCCUGGAGAUGUGCUACAUCACCAGUGUGGUGCCUCAGAUGCUGGUGCACCUGCUGGUGCAGAACAAGACCAUCAGUGUGGCAGGCUGUGCAGCCCAGAUGUACACAUUUACCAUCCUGGGACUGACAGAAUGCUGCCUGCUGGCGGCCAUGGCUUAUGACCGCUUUGUGGCUAUUUGCUACCCACUGCAUUACUCCCUCCUGAUGGGUCCUGGUGUGUGCCUGAAGCUGGCUGCAGCAUCUUGGCUCACCGGGGUGGUGGUGGAGUCAGCCCAGACCACGUGGAUCUUCAGUCUGCCCUUCUGUGGAGCAGGGAGGAUUCAGCACUUCUUCUGUGAUAUCAUGCCCGUGGUGAAGCUGGCCUGCGUCGAUACCUCCCACAAUGAGCUGGUGCUGUUCUGUGUCUCUGUCCUCUUCAUCAUGAGCCACUGCCUCCUCAUUCUCUGCUCCUACGUGCGCAUACUUGGGGCCAUCGUAGGAAUGCCCUCAGCAGCCGGCCGCCGCAAAGCUUUCUCCACCUGUUCCUCUCACAUCCUGGUCGUUUCGCUCUUCUACGGCACUGCUUUGUUCACGUACCUCCAACCCAAGACGGCACACACCCCGCGAACAGACAAAGCGACAGCACUCAUGUACACGGUGGUCACACCUGCUCUGAAUCCUGUUAUCUAUACCUUGAGGAACAAAGAAGUGAAGGAAGCCUUUCAAAGGGUAACGCAAAAGAACGCUCUUAGGCAAAUGGCCCAAACUAGCCGUGGUAGCUGA